UUUUGAACAACAUACACGAUUUUUAAACUGUAUAGCUUCAUUUAUAUUAUUUUUAUAUUUUUAUACUUACAUUUUACAUUUUACAUUUAUCAAUUAUCAUUAUUGUAUAAUAUUAUUAACUAUUAACGUGUUAGGUGGAGAACUAACAUUGAUUAUUAUUGUUAGGAUCUAUAACUUAGGUAUUGUUUAGUUAUUAUAAGUUAAAAAACAUUAAAUAUGGAAAACACUAUUACCGUGAACGAUGUGGAUACAGAUUUUUUACCAUUAAUUCACGAUAUUAUAAAAAGCGGUGAAAGAGAAAAUCACGAACCUCAGAAAUCAGCCCAAGAAAUAUCACAAAAAAUACAAGAUUUACAAAAAAAGAUUGAUCAAGCGCGAAGUGAUAUUCGAAAAUUACCUGGAGUCCAAUACAACAGUGAGCAGCAGUUAAAAGCUAUGGAUGAUCUCCGUCAAUCUUUACAAAUGAAAAGACAACUAUUAUUAAAAUAUAGACAUAUGUAUUCAUUUGAUGUACCAAAGUAUUAAGAUUACAUUUAACAAUACAAUGAAUGUGUUCAUGUAAUUCAUUUUUUUUUAAGAGUUAUAUAAAAUAUUGUUUUUGAAUACACUUUUUUUUAAUAAGCAAAAUUUGCUUUUUCAUAUUUAAAUAAACAUAACACUAUAACAGGA